UCCUUCUUGCUUUUUUUUUCUCUCUCUCUGUACAAUGUCCUUUGAAAUAAUAGCAGCACAACAGAGUAAGAUUCCCUUACGAGCUCACCUUGCACUGGAAACAAUGCAAAAACGCCAAAUAAGUACAGGAGACCUUAUAAAAAUCAAAAAACAAGAUCGGAUCGUGUUUGGUAUUGCCUGGCCAUCACUAACAGUGCCUACCCAAGGCGUUGAACUAAGCUCUACUUCGAGACUUAGUGGUGCUUUUGCAUUGGGAGAUAUGGUCGAUAUUGAAGCAGUCGAGAACGCCUAUAUAGAAGCAACACAUAUCCAGAUUGAAUUUGUCUCUACACCUCAUUUUGAAAAAGACCAGAGUUUGAUGAUCUAUUUAAAAGAACUGUUGGUGGAACAAAAAUAUGUCACUGCAUCCCAAUGGAUAGACUUUAAUUAUGCCGGGGAACAUUGUAGGAUCAAACUUGUCGAUAUUUCAUCCACACAUGCUUCAGAUCUCUUGUUAGUCACACAAGACACAAAGUUGAGUCUGACAUCAACACCUAGUAUCAACACAAAACCAGUACAUACUGUGGGUUAUGAAAGCAUUGGAGGACUCGAAAAACAGAUUGAGAUUGUUCGAGAAAUGAUUGAAACACCACUUAAACAGCCCGAGCUUUUUCUCAAGUAUGGACUCAAACCACCAAAGGGCGUCUUGUUGUUUGGUCCUCCUGGUACUGGCAAGACAUUGAUUGCAAGAGCAGUUGCACAUGAAACAGGCGCCCAUGCUAUCAUUGUCAAUGGUCCUGAAAUUAUCAGUAAAUUUUAUGGUGAGACAGAACAAAGGUUACGGGACUUGUUUGAUCAAGCUCAUCAUCAUGCACCUUGUAUCAUUUUUAUUGAUGAAAUUGAUGCUUUGUGUCCUAAACGAGAUGAAGCACCAAGCGAGUUAGAGAAGCGUAUUGUCACUACCUUACUGACAUUGAUGGAUGGCGCUACAACGCAAAACAACCGUGUUAUCGUGUUGGGAGCAACCAAUCGACCCAAUUCGUUGGAUGAAGCAUUGCGUCGUCCAGGUAGAUUCGAUAGAGAAGUGGAAAUUGGUAUACCUACAGCAGAAGCAAGAUUGUCGAUUUUCAAGACGAUCAUGAAAAAGAUACCCAACACACUUCAGCCUGAAGAACUGGAAGCGCUGGCCAGUAAAUCUCAUGGUUAUGUAGGUGCAGAUAUUGCUGCUGUAUGUAGAGAAGCUGGCCUGAAAUGCAUCAAACGCUGUGCUGCUGCAUCUGUGGCCACAGACCAUCUUACUGUCAACAUGGCAGACAUGCAAGAAGCGAUAUCUGAAAUUAGACCGAGUGCGAUGCGUGAAAUCAUGCUUGAAGUACCCAAAGUAUACUGGUCAGACGUAGGAGGCCAGGCAGAUAUCAAGCAACGACUGAAAGAGUCUGUGGAAUGGCCAUUACAACAUCCUGAAGCAUUCUUGAGACUUGGUAUUCGUCCCCCUAAAGGCAUACUGCUGUAUGGCCCACCAGGUUGUAGUAAGACAUUGAUGGCAAAAGCACUUGCUACUGAAGCAGGCUCCAAUUUUAUUGCAGUCAAAGGCCCGGAGCUUUUCAGUAAAUGGGUUGGUGAAUCUGAGAAAGCAGUACAUGAAGUAUUUAGAAAAGCAAGGGCUGCUUCUCCUUCUAUUGUAUUCUUUGAUGAAAUUGAUGCACUGACUGUCAAAAGAGGUUCUUCUGGUGAUGGUGGUACUUCUGUAGCAGAUCGAGUCUUGUCUCAGUUAUUAAACGAGCUUGAUGGUGUGGAAGCACUUGUAAAUGUGACAGUGGUAGCAGCUACCAAUAGACCUGAUAUUAUUGAUGAUGCCCUGUUGCGUCCUGGCCGAAUUGAUCGUAUUCUUUAUGUAGGCCCUCCAGAUAUCCAUUCACGCAAAGAAAUCUUUAGAAUUCAGACAAGUAAAAUGACAUGCGAUGCAGAUGUAGACAUUGAUUUGAUUGCUGCUAAAAGUGAAGGCUGCUCUGGUGCAGAAGCAGUGGCUAUAUGUCAAGAAGCAGCAUUGUUCGCUAUGGAAGAAGAUAUCCACAUUGAUUCAGUCAAGAUGAGACAUUUCCAAAAAGCGUUAGAUACAUUUACAAGACGUAUUACACCUGAAAUGCUUGCAUUUUAUCGAGACUUUCAAGAAAGGUCUGGAUUGCAGAGUGUUUAGUGCUCGGUGUAACGAUUUGGUAUCUCCAUUGUUUAAUGGUUCAACAAGCUUUACUGUAUACAAACAAUUAAAGGGUAUUCACAUGUUUAUUUAUGCCUAUUUGAACACUUUGCAAGCCAUAAUUUUUUUAUUGUCUCUAUAAGUUACACAUUACGCCAAGAUGCCAUAUUAAAC